GCAAUAUUUUCCAUAAGUUGUAGUCCAAAUUGGAUGGGAAUGAAUCGGGUAAGAAAUCGAGCAAAUUAAGUAGGUGAGCGAGUUGAGGGAUCUGACUGCAAUCCACGUUUUGGAAUUGGAUAUUCAACCAUGGCAAUAUCGUAAUUAGAUUGAGAAGGGAGCCCAAUUCGGUUUCAAACCCAACUACCAUUAUUUACUCGCUCGCAUCGCAUCAGACCGUUCUCCUUUCUAUUCUCCGAUCCGUUCUCCGUCUGAUUUUCCCUCAAUUCGAUCGACUCUCUCUCUCUCUCUAACUUUCUCUCUCUACCAAUGGAAGAAGAUAAAUCAUUCUCCUCCAUCUCGGAGCCAAUCAACCACUCCGACGACAACAACCAUGGCUGGCAGAAGGUCACCGCCAAGAAACAGAGGAAAAAUCAGAACAAGAAAGCUGCCGCCGAUUCCUCUAGAUUGCCUAACGGAUCCGCGAUCGCGCCGGAGAAAAUCAGCGUUUUCAAGGGCUUGGAGAAGCACUCGGAGGAACGCCGCCGGAAAUUAGAGGCUCAGCGCGCCGCCGCGGUUUAUGAAGACGACGACAAUGACAAUAAGGGGAGAUCGAGGAAUAAUCGCGGGCGGGAUGAGGACGACGACGAUCUCAGCAGCGAUGCUGAUGUUAAGAAUAAUGCGGUGGAGGUGCACAAGAAGGAGAAGCAAAAGAAGGCUAAGAAGCCUAAAGUUACUGUAUCGGAGGCUGCAGCUAAGAUCGAUGCCGAUGACCUCGUCGCCUUUCUUUCUAGUGUUUCGGAAUCGUAUGAAGGGCAGCAGGAUAUUCAGUUGAUGAGGUUUGCGGAUUAUUUUGGGCGUGCAUUUUCUGCAGUGAGCGCAUCGCAGUUCCCGUGGCAUAAGUUGUUCAGGGAGUCUCCCGUGGCGAAGAUUGCCGAUGUCCCUGUUUCUUAUAUCUCGGAAGCUGUUUACAAGGCAUCAGUUGACUGGAUCAAUCAACGUUCUUAUGAGGCGUUAGGAACCUUUGUGGUCUGGUCAUUAGAUAGCAUUUUGGCAGACUUGACUGCUCAACAAUCUGGGUCUAAAGUUUCGAAGAAAGGAGUACAUGCAGCAUCUUCAAAGUCUCAGGUUGCUAUAUUUUUGGUUCUAGCAAUGGUAUUACGCCGGAAACCUGAUGUGCUGAUUAAUUUGUUGCCGAAGUUGAGCGAAAACUCAAAAUAUCAAGGACAAGAUAAGCUUCCAGUUCUAAUAUGGAUGAUAGUGCAGGCAAGCCAAGUAGAUUUAGCUGUAGGGUUGUAUCUAUGGUCACAUCAGAUUUUGCCAAUACUUGGAGGGAAAUCUGGAUCUAAUCCUCACACUAGGGACUUGGUUUUGCAGUUAGUAGAAAGAAUUGUAGCUGCACCUAAAGCUCGUAGCAUAUUAGUAAACAAUGCUGUUAGAAAGGGUGAGCGCCUGAUUCCACCCGUGGCACUUGACCUGUUGCUACGUGUAACAUUUCCUGCACCUUCUGCCCGAGUUAAGGCUACUGAAAGAUUUGAGGCGAUUUACCCACUUUUAAAAGAUGUUGCUCUUGCUGGUUCACCUGGAAGCAAAGCAAUGAAGCAAGUGUCACUGCAGAUACAAACUUUAAUUGUGAAAACAGCUGGAGAAGGGAUCCCCACACUAUCCGAGGAAGCAAGUAGCAUCUUCAUAUGGUGUUUGGUCCACAAUCCUGAUUGUUUUAAGCAGUGGGAGAAGAUUUAUGUUGAUAACAUAGAGGCUAGUGUUGCUGCCUUGAGGAAACUUGCUGAGAGUUGGAAGCAAUUUUCUUCAAAACAGACUUCUCUUCAAGUCAGGGAUACUCUGAAGAGUUUCAUGCAAAAGAAUGAGAAAGCCUUACAUGACGGAGUUGAUGCUAGUCGCCAAGCUUUAUUCAAGGAUGCUGAUAAAUACUGUAAGACAGUAUUGGGAAGGCUCUCCAGUGGGCAUGGUUGCGUGAAGGCUAUGUUCUUAACUCUUGUGGUAGUGGCUGUUGGCGCAGCUGUUGUGUUCCCAAAACUUGAUGAAUGGGAUUGGAACAAGUUGCUUGCUGAAGCCCAGAAAUCGUUCUGAUCGAAUUUUUAAUCCUUACUGAGUUGGAAAUAUGGAUUUUCUGGAAAGAGGCAAAACUAAUUCAAAGGGGGCAAAAUAAAAGUGACGGAGAGAUAGGUGUUUGUGCAAUAGCAAGCCUGAUGAGUUUUACUAAUAUAUAAUAUUCGGCAUGUAAAAGAAGGAAGUUUGAUAUGAUCGACCAUAUGGAACUAAUUUUUCUUUUUCCUUGUUCCUGUUAGAGUUAGAAGAGAUCGUCCUUGAUGUAAUCAGCACUAAUCUCAGCUGAGCACACAGAAAUUGAUAUACUUGUUUCUUUUUCUUCCUCUUUUGGAUACAGAUUUUGUUCAACAGUUUCUUGAGGAUUUUGUAUU